AUGAGGCGACACGUGUCUACACGAGAUUCUUCUGCGAGGACAAAGUCGCAUUCCAAAGAACACGGUCAUGAGAAUGGACACUCGCCUGAAAGUGAACUUAUUGAUCACGUCGAUUUGACCGAUUUUAAGGUCGAGGCCACAAUCACUUCUGAAGUGAGAGACAGCAUUUUAAGGUGCUUACGCGAAGGACCCGUUCGUUUGAGCAGUCGUCGAAUCUUCCGCAAACCACCAAAAAUUGUGAAAGUAGUCACAUACGGCACAUCCGAUCACAUCACUCUCUUGGAACCAUUGGAAUCAAACGGUACAUCGAAAGCCACAUUCACCGGCCAAAAGGCUGCUGAAGAAUUACUCAUUCAACUGAUUGACAAUGGCCCACGUGAAUUUGAGUUCGACAGGGCGCAGCUUAUAGAAGUUUUACGCUUGGGCGCUGCUGUGUUUUUAUCGGAAGACAGCUUGCUAGAGGUGCCUGUUCCCUGUGUAAUCUAUGGCGAUACCCAUGGACAGUAUUCAGACCUUCUACGAUGGUUCAACUUAAACGGUUGGCCACAUGAAACAAGAUGCGUUUUUCUUGGAGACUUCGUCGAUCGUGGUUCGCAUGGAGUUGAGCUGUUUACGCUUGUUGUUUGCCUAAAGAUUUGCUUUCCUGAAAAUAUCUUCGUUAUACGAGGAAAUCACGAAGAAGAAAAUCUUAACCAGAUUUACUCUUUUAUCAGCGAAGUACAUCUCAAGUUCAAAACAAAGUCAGUUUCGCCGCUGGAAAAACGUUCUAUGUAUGCACAUUUCAAAGCAGUCUUCGUCAAUUUACCUUUAGCUUGCUUGAUAGGCGAUGAUAUUCUUGCCAUGCAUGGCGGUAUUAGUCCGUUACUAACGAGUCUCAAAGACAUACAAAAAAUAAAGCGUCCUAUUGAAGAAUUCGUCAAAGGUACAUUAGCUUGUGAUUUAGUUUGGUCAGAUCCAGAUACGGAUGGAUUUGUUAGGAAGUAUGAACCAAAUUAUGAAAGGGAGUCGACGGUAGGCAUCGGGCAACUGUUUUCGAAGUCUGCCGUUGAGGAGACCUGUGAUCGAUUGGAAGUAAAAAUGAUAAUACGUGGACAUCAAGCGCCUUUGCAUGGCUAUGCAACUUGGGCUAAUGGACGUCUUAUAACCCUAUUCUCUGCUCCAGCUUACAGAGGGAGUUCAGAAGAUACAGUGAACUUAGGAGCAUGUAUAGAAGCUCUAGAUAGUGGAAGCCUUAUAAUCAAGCAGCUCAAAGUCAGCGAAACCGUUCGCAAGAAGCGCGAAGAUGACGCGUACGCUCGGCAGAUUGCUUUGGAUAAUAAAGACACGGAAUAUGGUAUUCAUGGUGUAUCUCUCUCGCAGUCACCAAAAUUCAUUAUUGAGAACGCAGACAACUUUAAGUAUUGA